AUGGUAAUAACAGACUCUCCUUGCAGCAGGUUGUUGUCUUCCAGUGAUGUAGAUCAUUACAGGGAAGAGAGGAAUAUGGAACAUGCCGACGUGACAAUGAGAGCAUGGGAAUCCAUUGAAAGGGUGGCUGGAAGAUUUACGAGAAGAAAGAUAAAGUUAGUGGUGGGAAUGGGGAGGAGGGCGGUCUUGGCUUGUGUUGUGAAGCUAAAGAGGAAGGUUUGCAGGAUCUUGAAUGCAAAAAACAGAAGCAGCAACGAAAGGCAUGUGUUUUUGAACUAUGAUAUGUGUAGUUAUACAAAGAACUUCGAUGAUGGAAAGUGGCAGCAGGAGGAGGUUGAGUAUUAUAGGACUCGAUCUUUUGCUUUUAGAAUUGCUCAUGUAUGUUUGCUUUGCUUACUGCGAGACUUGAAUCUCGGUAGACUUUGUGCAGGAAACAAAAAUGGACUCCUUGUGCCGCAUACUACUACUGAUCAAGAACUUCAACACUUGAGAAACAGUCUACCUGAUCAAGUUGUGGUUCAGAGAGUUGAUGAGAGAUUAUCUGCGUUGGGAAAUUGUGUAGCUUGCAAUGACCAUGUUGCUCUAACACACACUGAUCUUGACAAGGGAACAGAGGAAAUGAUUGCCGAUGUUCUUGGAGUAGAAGUUUUUAGGCAGACAAUUGCUGGUAAUGUUCUUGUGGGCAGCUACUGUGCUUUCUCCAACAAAGGUGGCUUGGUCCAUCCCCACACAUCCAUUGAAGACUUGGAUGAACUUUCAACCCUCCUUCAGGUGCCUUUAGUGGCUGGAACAAUAAACCGUGGCAGUGAAGUGAUAGCUGCUGGCCUGACAGUGAAUGACUGGACUGCAUUUUGUGGUUCAGACACUACUGCUACUGAACUUUCUGUCAUUGAGAGUGUUUUCAAGUUGAGGGAAGCUCAGCCAAAUGCUAUAGUGAAUGAGAUGAGAAACUCAUUGAUUGACAGCUAUGUAUGAGCCAUUAAUGUGGGCCUACUGUCAAAAAUAUUAAUGGUGCUAUCUUGCCCUAAAAGGUUGAAUCGCUUGAUAGUCCUUACUGAAAGUAUGUUGAUGCUCGACAUCACAUGUUUUAUUAUGAAAGAGAUUGUUUGAAAUACUAUUUUUCACUAAUGAAACAAGGAGAAGCUCUGUUAUUUCAUCAGAGUUCUUCAUAACUAUGGAGAACAAAAAAUGGACACUGAAAGUUGGCUUGCUGUUGCUGGUUUUGUAUCAUCAAUAUUGCUGGAUUGCUAAGAUACAUGCCUCAACUC